AUGAACUUCACCAUGGCGAAAAAAAGAUGGGACGGAUCGGUCGACCGAUCGCGGGGCUCCUUCCCUCCCGAAGCUUCUUCGGCUUCGAGCGGGCCGGAAGACCAGACUGUGUUGGUGCCUCACUCCCAUGGGGUGGGGCUAACUGGGUAAGCACGUAAGGUCUGCGAGCGAGCACUAACUCUUCCUAGCCUUAUCGUUUAUCAAACGAGCACCCCCUGUUCAAAUUUACGCAGCACGCCGCACGCCGCACGCCGCCGGCUCAACGCCAUCUUUUGAAACCCUCUGCGAUUCUUGAGCGAGGGGAGACGCGCCGCUACCACUAACGGUGCACAUACCGCCCAGCAUGGCCUGUCGCUGUCCGCGUAGCCCGCGGCUGUUCCUACCCUUCCUCUACCCGUCGUUAUUUCCUCCCAAUGGCAUCUCCCGGUCGAGCCUUGCCGCAGCCAUCCGUGGCACGAGACGGAGCAGCUCCGAGGCCUCGGGGCCGACCGACCCGACCGCAACCGCGACCCGGCUAAACCCUACCCCGGACGACUACUCCAUGUCCAAUUUUGCCGACAAGGCGAAACUGAACCUCUACGCCGGCCCUGGCGGCCACGGCUGCAUCUCCUUCCUGCGCGAAGCAUACAUGGACGAUGGGCCGGCCAACGGCGGCGAUGGCGGGCACGGCGGCAACAUCUACAUCCAGGCUGUCCACGGCGAGACCUCUUUACACAAGCUAUCCCGGAGGAAGAUCGUGCGCGCGGGCAAGGGGAAGAGCGGCAUGGGUGGCGCCAGGGGGGGACGACGAGGAGACGACGUGGUCAUCGCGGUUCCCGUUGGGACAGUGGUGAGGGAGUUGAGUCGGGACGACCCAGAGGCCGAAAACCGCUUCCUGGCCCAGCGAGACAAGAAAAGAGUCGGAAGGGAUGUGCUCCCGGUGGAGGAAGGGCCGGAUGGAGAGCCAGUGGAUGACCCGUCGCGCAGCAAGUGGAUGCUCUACCCCGGUAUGUCCUCCUCCGACAUGAGGCGGGUUCAGCUGCCGCCACUACCGAACCGGGAGCGCCUGCUUCAACAACCCAAAGAGCCAAUACAGCUGGACUUGUCUCGACCCACACCGCGCCCGAUCCUGCUUGCAGUGGGCGGAAUCGGCGGGUUGGGGAACCCUCACUUCGUCACCAAAGGCACGCCGAAGCCCAUGUUUGCCACCCGGGGAGAGGGCGCCGUGUCGAUGGAGAUUGAGCUGGAACUCAAACUCCUAGCAGACGUCGGCCUGGUGGGCUUGCCAAACGCCGGCAAGAGCACGCUCCUCCGUUCCAUCAGCAACAGCCGCACCCGCGUGGGCAACUGGGCGUUCACCACCCUCCAGCCCAACAUCGGCACCGUCGUGCUCGACAACAACAAGGGCCGCCCGAUGCUCACGAGCUUCCGCAAGGUCUCGGACAACACCUCCCCCCUCCGCGACGACCCCUUCCACCUCUCAGCCGAGCCCCAGCCGGAAGUCGAGCGGCGCACCCGCUUCACCAUCGCCGACAUCCCGGGCCUGAUCGAGGGGGCGCACCUCGACAAGGGCCUGGGCAUCGCCUUCCUCCGGCACGUCGAGCGGGCGGGCGUGCUGGCCUUCGUGCUCGACCUCGGCGCGGGCGACGCCGUGGCGGCGCUCAAGGCGCUCUGGAACGAGGUCGGCCUGUACGCCCAGAUGCGCGAGGAGGAGGAGCGCGAGCGCAAGCGCCUCGCCGCCGUCGACUGGAGCGCUGCGGCUGGCACCGACGCUGAGGAUAGUACCUUCUGGCCGAGCACCAUGGCGGACGAUUAUAAUAUCCCCGCUGUGAACGCGGGCGGGCUGCAUAUCGCUGGGAAGCCGUGGUUUGUGGUGGCGACCAAGGGGGAUCUGCCAGACACGCAGGAGAAUUUCAGGAAGCUGAGGGAGUACCUGGCGGCCAUCGGCCGCGGGGAGGAGCCGCAUCCGAGUGGGGUCGAGGGCGCGUGGACGCGCGACUGCGCGGCUAUUCCGGUCAGCGCGAUCAAGGGGCAGGGGGUGGACCGCGUGGUGCACUGGGCGGUUGGCUUGCUGGAUGGCUGAGCCGUGUUUGGGAGUUGUACCCGCGCGCCCCCAGGGUCACCGCCGGGUGAUACACCCACUUGACAGGGUUGGUUUGGUACCAUGCCUGGAAUGAAGUGACUCUCAUGCCACGUGGGAGAGAUGAGAAAGAUGAGGGGUGGCAGUCCAGCAUUUUCGUGUAUAAUAUACAUGUAAUCAAAGGAUUUUGUCCAGCUCUGACUUCCACGGCGGGGUCC